CUUGGAUCCGUGAUGGGUGAGGUGGUGCGGCCUCGGCGAGACUAUUUCAGUGGGGCAGAGUUACAAGAGGUCUGCUUGACUACAAGCAUAUUAGUAAAAGUUUUUGUCAGAAGUUUAAGAGAUAAAUAAAGUGGGUGACCCCUUAUCUCUUGCACCACCCCGCCCUCUUCAGUAUCUACCCUCAGUAAUUUGGUAACCUUUGUCAGAAGGGAUGGAGUUGGGAAAGGGAAAACUUCUCAGAACUGGACUGAAUGCACUGUAUCAAGCAAUACACCCAACUCAUGGCCUGGCCUGGACUGAUGGGAAUCAGGUAAUCUUGACUGACUUACAGCUUCACGGUGGAGAGGCCGCACUUGGGGACUCAGAGGUCAUUGGACAAUUUGAGCACGUGUGCCGGGUGUCCUGGGCCCCACCUGGCCCAGCCGACGGGCCCACCUUGCUCGCCGUGCAGCAUGAGAAGUGCGUCCGUGUUUGGCAGCUGUUCCUCAGCCCUACAGGGACAAGCAAGUGGUUGAUGUCCCAGACCUGUGAGCUUGGAGUGUCACUUCCGAUCCUUGCCCAGGGCUGUGUGUGGCACCCCAGAGAUGCUAUCUUGACUGUGUUGACUGCACAGGAUGUCUCCCUUUUCCACAAUGUUCACUGUGCCAGUUCCCAGGUAAAAGCGGACAUCAGCACCCAGGGCCUCAUUCACUGUGCGUGUUGGACCCGGGAUGGCCGGAGGCUCGUGGUGGCAGUAGGCAGCAGCCUGCAGUCUUUCAUCUGGGACAGUGCUCAGAAGACUCUUCACAGGUGUUCCUUCACCCCGGUGUUUGAGGUGGACAGCUACAUCCGCUCCAUGGGAGCCACGGUGGACUCACAGGUUGCGGUGGCCACAGAGCUUCCACUAGCUAAGAUCUGUGGCUUAAAUGCAGCCGAGACCUUUGACACCCAGCCUAGUGGUGAAGACACGUGUGUAUAUACUUUAACAGUUACUGGCAAAACACCCUCCAUGGACGAUGGGGUAGUCCCUUCUGAAACGUCAGCUUCUUUCAUUUCUUCUUCCUUUUCAGAUCCUUUGGAUCUAACUCAUAUACAUUUUGAUAAAUCUAGAUCUGAGGAUAGUUCUCUACUUUGUCUAAGAAAAAAGGACUGUUUAUCAGGACCUGGCUUGGAUUCUUCACAUUUGAUUCUUGUAACCUUUGAGAAAGAUGUUACUGGAACCAGAAAAUUCGCCAUUCCAGGUAUUCUGGUUCCUGAUCUAAUAGCAUUUAAUCCUAAAGCACAGGUAGUGGCAGUAGCUUCUAAUACUUGUAAUAUAAUUUUUAUCUAUUCUGUCAUUCCAUCAUUUAUGCCAAACACCCAGCAGAUUCAGUUAGAGAGUAGUGAAAGACCAAAAGGCAUUUGUUUCUUGACAGAUAAAUUAUUAUUAAUUUUGGUAGGAAAACAAAAAGCCACAGAUUCAACAUUUCUUCCUUCUUCAAAAUCCAAUCAGUAUAUCAUUUGUUUGAUGGUUAGAGAAGUAAUGUUGGAAAAACUUUCAGUAACAAUGAGUGAAAACAAGAGUGACUCCUCUCCUUUCAAUGCUCUGCUAAAUAUAGCAAGUAAAAAGCAGCUGAUUGAAAGUCUUCCCCCAGAUUUUUGUCGCCAAAACAUAGGGCUCUUGUCAGCAGCUGGUGAUAACAGUCCAAGAGGCUGUCCUGGAAGUGCCUGUAUUGAAGAGAUCAAAAGCCCUCCUUCCAGUGUCUGUGAUGACUCCAUAGCCCUGGAAACUCUAGAUGCUAAAUCUAGUCACCACCCAGGAGCGCUGCCUAGAACCUGUAGCUCAUCAGACCACACCGGCACCCUCGAACCUCCCAACUUGCUUCCAAUAAAGAACUUACAAAGGGAAAAGGACACUUACCAGCUGUCUAGAGAACUGGACAUUUUAUCUCGGAACCUGACAGAAGUGCAGCGCUGUCUCUCUUCACUCAGAGACUUACUGCAUGACGGAAGGAAGGUUUCUCCCAUGUAUCCACUCUGUCGGAAUCUGCCUUACGUUCACAUCACGUACCAGAAAUCUUAUCUAGGUCCUGUUGUUGAAAAAAGAACCCUGCUUCUCUGCAAUGGCAAACUAAGGCUCAGUACAGUCCAGCAGACUUUCGGCCUCUCUCUUAUUGAAAUGCUGCAUGACUCCCACUGGAUUCUUCUCUCUGCUGAUAGUGAAGGCUUUAUCCCAGUAACUUUCACAGCCGCAGAGGAAAUAGUCAUAAGAAAUGGCAGCUCUAGAUCCAGUGUUUUCAGCGGUCCCAGUACUUCUCUUGUGGGUUUUAGAAAUCUUCCCUCCCAAGGGUCGGACACCACUGGCUGCGCUAGCCAUCGAGGGUGUGACUGGACGUCAUUUGCCGAGUAUUUGCUGCAUUGCUUUUCAGCUGAGACCAUUACAGACAAGCUCUGUUUCCCACUGUGGGCUCUCCCCAGCGGGGAUCUGCACUGUCACCCAGCAGGGAAGCCCUUGUUGUGGUGGGUGUGGCUGCUUCUCCCUGCUUCCCUGGCUGAGGCUGCCUGCGCUGUGGCAAGAUGGCUCAGAAAGUGGCUGCAUGUUCAUGACUGCAGUUUCUCUAAGGGCAGAAUUCCCAGAACAAACAAUAUUAUGGUGCUAUGUGGAUUGUGUUUUAUAGUUUCUCUGAGGUUUCUGUCCCUUGCCCAGAAUUAUGUUAAAGCUGUCAUAGAAACCCUUAAAAGGUACCUCAGCAUUGUUAUAGAUCUUUUUCUUGGCUGAUGACAAGGGUAAGAAAUGCUAGAGAUAUGCUCCAGGGUAUCCUCUUUACUGCAAACCAGUAGGAAUCAGCAAAGCUGGAAGACACUGAUCAGAUCACCUUCUGACCUUUCUAGAACAGGAAGUAUUUCUACUGUUGGCUGGACCUUCCAGAAUUUAAACCUAAUCCUCUUGCUUCCUUAAAAAAUUCCGAUUUACAUAGCUCCAGUACUCCUGAAGACUGGCCCUGAGUAAAUGUCAGAUGCUUGCACUCCUCGAGCCUAGAGUCAGUGUUCUCAACAAGUGCUGGCAGAAGUGCAGUGCUCUGCACGGUGAGGCCCAAGGCCCGCGCCUGAGCUGCUGCCACUCAGGACGCUCCGUGACAGCCUCAAGAAAAGUUAUCUAGACAGUUGGUAUUUUUCUCCCAGUAAUCAGUUCUCCUCAAAUUUCACUUAUAUUUUGAUAUUUUUCAUUGCCCUCUGUUUACCUUUUAGAGACCAGCAUUGGGUUUGUGAGAGAAAGUUUUCAGAAAGGUGGAAAUUGCAGUGAAUCUAAAGUAGUUCUAAAAAUUAUCCAUUUAAUGUAAUUAUGGAUUAAAAUAGCAGCUUAGUAUAUUAGAAAAACUCUUAUUCCAACUUCAGACAGACACAUCCCAUCCCCUCCCUUCAAAUAGCACCAUUAAUUUCAGUUACUUUAGCAUAACAAAAUUGAUCAGUGUGUGGCUAGUCAGAGCACAUCUGCAGAGAAAUUGUUUCAGCCAUAGACUCCAUUAGCACAUAUGUAUCUCCUUCCCCUUCACCCCCACUCCUUUAAAGGGAUCUGGAAAGAAACAUUGUAUACCUUAGGGACUCCUGUCUUCUUCAGUUUAUGAAGAUGGAGCAGGGGUAGGGACAUGGGAGGGCCCAUUUGUGGUUCAGAUGCAUUAGAUAGCUGCCAGGGUAAUGGAAGUGGAGGCCACUUGUCUGUACUUGGUUGCCUGAUGGCGGCGGCUGAGGACAGGGAGCCUGGCUCCAUUUGCAAAGGCUGUGUGGGUUGGGACUAUGGUACAUCGUUGUGAAGCCGGAAGAGGGACUUGGUGGACUCUGAAGUGAGAUCAGUGAGGUGCCCCGAGGUAUAUAUUAUAACCACAUUUCCCUGGUCAAAAUUCUGCGCGUGUAUCUUCAAUAAAAUCAUUAAUGUUUGCGGCCCAUUUGA